AGAUCACAAUGUAGCGCAGUUUCAACAGGCUAUACCAAAAAGUAUAAUUUUGCAGGCGCUUUUUGUUCCCUUUUCUCCUGGUUAUACAAAUAAAUUUAAACUAUGGCCUCUUACCUUGUUAUUGGUGGUAACGGCUUUUUGGGUCAACACGUCCAAGAGCAAAUUCGUCUUCGCAAAGAUGGGUCCUCCAUUGCGGUUUUUGACAUGGCUGAACCUAGAGAACCCAAAGCCGAUGUAAAGUAUUAUACAGGCGAUCUUCGAAAGUUUGAUGAUGUUUACAAUGCUCUCGAGGGUAUUACUGCUGUUAUUCAUACUGCUUCACCUCCUCAUGUCAAUACAAGCAAUCCCCCCCGUGAUCUUUAUUUUUCUAUUAAUGUCGACGGUACACUCAAUGUCAUCAAAGCUUGUCAAGAACGGGGUAUUAAGGUUUUAGUUGUAACCUCUUCUGGAAGUGUCAUUUCAAACGGUGAACCUAUGGUCAACAUUGAUGAAAGUACUCCCUAUCCUGCUGUUCCUAUCGAUGUAUACACCGAAUCCAAGAUGGUUUGUGAACAAGAGGUAUUAAAGGCCAAUGGUGAUAAGGGUUUAUUAACAUGUACAAUCCGUCCUUCAGCCAUUUUUGGUCCCGGUGAUAGACAAUUAAUUCCUGGUAUGCUUGAAGUAUGUGAACGCGGUCAACAUCGUUUCCAAAUUGGCAACAAUCAAUCAUUAAUGGAUUUCACCUAUGUUGGCAACGUAGCCUACGCUCAUGUUCUGGCUGCCGAGAAACUUGCUAUCCCUAACUCUGGUGCAGCAGGUCAGGCAUUCAAUUUGACUAACGGUACACCAGUUCCCUUCUGGGAUUUUGCUUCCAAAGUCUGGGCUGAAAACGGCUAUUAUAUGCCCAAUAAUAAGAAGAUUGUCCUUUCCUAUAAUGCCAGUUUGGUCAUCGCUCUCAUCAGUGAGACUAUCUUUAGUAUCAAGGAACUAUUCUGGGAUAGAAGUCAACUCAAAGAAGGAUUAUCUCGUUCUAGAAUUAAGCAAGCCAUGUCAUCUCGUUACUUUAAUAUCACCAAAGCAAAGACAAUCUUGGGUUAUGAACCUCAAGUUGGUCUUGAUGAAGGUAUCAAAUUAAGUGUUGCUUUUUACAAAGCAAACCAGCCCAAGAAAUAAAAACAAUACACAUUGUAAUAAUAAAAAAAUUAAUAAUUUAUGUAUCUUUUUUAAUUACAGUAUUUGAUUUCUUUUUUUUCUUUUUUUUUUUUCUCCUUCUCUCUUAUAAUAUAUUAUAUGGUUAGUAGUUACUCCAAGAGCUGGCAUCCUGUUCCUUUGUGUCUACUUCCUCUUGAAUUUGCAUCUGGACA